AUGCCUGUUUCUUCGUCCCGUCCUCUAGAGUAUCUAGAGAGCCUUCCGGGCACAGUCUUCCUCAAGCUGUAUCAGCAGCCUUCAACCGCUCUGGCAAUCUUUCGCCGGAUGCUGCCCCAUCUAGCAAAAUGUUUUGUCAUGGCCCUUCUCUACCUCAAAGACCCCCUGCCAGCAGCUGAGCUCGAGCUGUGGGUCAAGGCAGGAAGCAAGCGCGAGAGAGACAACGCCCUGUCGAUCCUUAGUCGAUUACACAUUCUUUCAAGCACUACAACGUCGGACCACGUUAGGGCGUAUAUGGUGACCAAUCCAUUUUCCUCCUCUCUGCGACAGGCGCUCACCGGCGGAGACAAACAACAUUCUUUUGGAGUUAUGUCUAGUAUGCCUGAUCCGCACCCUAUGACUGUCUCCGAUCUAGACGAUUAUGCCAGGCGACAGUGGGAGGGUGUUCUUGGGUACAUGGUCGGGACAAACUCGCUGGGCAUUCAACGUGAAAACGUAACGCUGAGUAAAGGAGUCAAAUCCCUCCUCCAAGCCUGCCACCUUGUCGAGGUCCGAGAUCGCAGAGUGGAAAUCACCAAGGAAGGGUUUGCCUUUGUAUUGCAAGAUGUCAAUACUCAGGUCUGGCAUAUUCUCAUCCUCUACGUCGAGAACGCCGAAGCCAUCGGAAUGGAUAGCGUCGAGGUGCUCUCCUUUCUCUUCCUCCUCAGUAGCUUGGAGCUAGGGCAAUCCUACGACAAAAAGCAUCUAACUUCAACGCAACUCCGUACCCUUGCCGACCUCACUGAUUUCGGGAUCGUUUACCAACAUUCCCCUGCUUCGGAAUCCACACGCUUUUACCCUACUCGAUUAGCAACAACGCUUACAUCCGACUCCAUGGCUCUCUCCAGCCCGAUCUCAGGCAACCUUGCUCCAGCUGGUCCAAACAUAAACGCCGCUACUGGUGCGCCAGGCACAGGAUUCAUAAUCAUCGAAACAAACUACCGCUUAUACGCGUAUACCUCUUCCCCUCUUCAAAUUUCCCUCAUCGCACUCUUCACAACACUUAAAUACCGCUUUCCCAACCUUGUUACGGGAAAGCUAACACGCCAAUCCAUCCGUCGCGCCGUCGAAAUGGGCAUCACUGCCGACCAAAUAAUAUCUUACCUCACGACCCAUGCUCACCCCCAGAUGCGAAAAGUAAACGCAUCAAAGUCCACUUCAACCACAGCUGGACUUCCUGCGUCUGUUCUACCGCCCACAGUCGUUGAUCAAAUCCGGCUCUGGCAGUUAGAACGUGAUAGGCUGAAGGCCACACCAGGAUUUUUGUUCAAAGAUUUCGCAUCUUCGGCGGAGUUUGAAGCCCCGUGCCGGUACGCAGAGGAAAUCGGUGUUUUAGUUUGGAAAUCAGAGAAACGAAGAAUGUUCUUUGUCACGAGACAUGAGCAAGUCGCCGCUUUUUUGAGAAGUAGAGCCUCUAGAAGUUGA